UCAGACGGCUAGUAGGGGGAGCACCAACAACACUAGUGAGAGAAAGAGAGAUAGAGGGGUCCUCUGAUCCUCUCUCACUGCCUUUUUCCUUGUCUCUUUUGCUUCCCUGAAAACUCAAUCUCCUUGCCGGAACACAAUCUCUUUGCCGUGAUAAUUGACAUCCAUGAACAUCGAUUUCUGGGCUUCUAGGGUUCAUUCCAACAAGCACCUUACUGCGAUGCAAGCCGCCAGACUCAACUCUGAAAACCACUUGAGUUUCGAUGAUUCUGAAGGGGAUGAUGACAUACGGGCUUGGUUUCCAUGUCCUUUCUGUUAUAUAGAGAUUGAAAUCCAUGUGCUUUGUGCUCAUCUGCAGGACGAGCACUGUUUUGAUGUGAAAAAUGCGGUAUGCCCAGUAUGUGCGGCAAAUUUAGGCAAGGAUAUGAUUGGACAUUUUACAGUGCAGCACUCACAUUUGUUGAAGCGGAGGAGAAAAUCUCAAAGAUCAGGCCUAUCAACAAAUAGUUCAGCAAUGCUUGGCAAGGAACUACGAGAAUUGAGCUCGUUUCUCAGUGUUACUUCGACAAAUGGAAGGAUUAACACACUAGGUUCUGCACCUGAUCCACUGCUUUCACCAUUUCUCUGCCUUGUGGCUCUUCCAGACACCAAAGGUGUCCAGGAUGCAAAUCCUAGAAAUGAUGUGGCUGCCACUUGUGAUGAAAAACGCGUGGAACCACCCACAUCAGAUGAAGUUCGGGAACAAGAUUACAAAGAGAGAAGCCAGAGGGCUGAAUUCUGUCAGCAGUUGAUCUUAUCAACCAUUUUCUAAGACCCUUUGCAACUGGAGCGGGAUUUGAAAAAGUAGUGAAGAGAUGGAAUGGAAUUAUGUCUGCCAUUGAGCGCGGAGGGCAACACGAGGAUACCAACAGGCACCUUGUUUCUUCCGGUGUAUGCAUUUAGGAUAUUAGAUAGCUGCUACGUUUACUCUUAUGGAAGAGGGUCUUGGAAAAAUAACCAAGACAAGCGGCAUUUCUAGUGUAUAUGUGUAUCUGUAUAUCUCCCCCCUAUCUCUCUCUCUAUAGUACAACCAGACAUGUUUUUCAAUCAUUGCUAUAAAUGCUUUGCAGAAAUGGCUUACAACCUCUA